CGAGACGGUGCUCGGCAGUGCCCCUCGCAUCGCGCGCCAGUGCCGCCGCCCGCGAGCCUCCCACCAUGGCGGACAGGAAGGCCGGCGACCACCUGGAAACGGACAUGGAGAGCCGGGAGCUGCUGGGCACCUACGGCAUUCUGGUGGCCUUCCUCCUGUUCCUCUACGUCAUGUACAACAUCAUCUACUGACGGCGCCCGGCCGUGACGGCCUGGCGCCAUUCCGCGAGCGUGGCUGCGGACGUGUGAGGAGCGAGUGCUGACUGCCGAGUGAAUGGUGUGCGCGUGCGCAUGAGAGCGUGACCGCUCGCCAUGGAUACGCUGAGUCGCAGCUGGGGCCGGCCGUGCCGCACGUGCGGCCAGCACCACGCGCGCCACGAGCCGCAUGUGUACGACUACGUGGAGGAGGUGGACGAGGACCUGACGUGUCACAUCUGUCUGCAGCCGCUGGUCGGGUCGCUGGACACGCCCUGCGGCCAUACGUUCUGCGGCGCCUGCCUGGUGCCGUACCUGAACUCGCACCAGAACUGCCCCAUCUGCCGAGCGGCGCUCACCACGCAAGCGUGCCGCUCCUCCCCGCUCGUGCUGCAGAAAAUUUUGGAGAAGCUGCUGGUGAAGUGUCCCAACGCGGACCUGUGCAAGGAGGUGGCCUAUGCCAGGGGCGACCUGGAGGACCACCUGAAGAACCGGUGCCAGGGCAACUUCAUCGCGUGUCGAUACGCGGCGCACGGCUGCCAGGUGCGCGGCCCGCAGAAGGCCGUGCACAAACACCAAGCCGACUGCGAGUACAGGAACAACGGCAUCACGCGGCUGCCGAUCAUCGAGGGCGAGAUCAGCCACAUCGAGAUCCCGCGCACGGCCACCAGUCUCGGCAUGACGAUCGUGGGCGGCGCCGACACACCGCUGCGCUGCGUGGUCAUCCAGGAGGUGUUCCCCGACAGCCUGGUGGCCCAGGACGGUCGGCUCCAGCCGGGAGAUCAGAUCGUCGAGGUCAACGGUGUCGACAUGACGAACGCCUCCCACAAAAUGAUCUGCCAGGCCCUGAAGGUGCAGACGCCCGUGCUACAGCUGGGCGUGUACCGCGAGAAGAUCGACCCGCCGCCGCCCUCUGACGAUCCGGAGCUGCACACGGUGACGCUGGAGAAGGCGCCCGGCCAGACGCUGGGCAUCAAGCUGGUGUCGCGCCGCUGCGGCCCGGCCGGCGACGGCGUGCACGUGGCCGAGGUGAUCGGCGGCUCGGCCGCCUCGCAAGACGCCCGCCUGCGCCGCGACGACCGCAUCCUCUACAUCAACGGCCGCGACGUGCGUCACGGCCGACUGCAGCUGGCCUGCGAGCUCAUACAGAACAACUCGACCGUCAGCCUGGUGGUGUCGCGGUCGCCGCCGCCGCCGAGCGGCGACGACGCCGUGGACGGCCUCUUCCGCAGCGAGCCGGGCCUGGCCGUGGCGCACGCGCGCACCAAGUCGGCGCCGGAGCGACUGUCGCAGCCGGGGCCGGCGGCGGCGGCGGCGCCGGCGGCCGGCCGCGACCAGCCGGACCGCGCCAUCUGUCGGCAGGCGCGCGGCGAGUCGAUGGACCACCUGUCGGCGCCGGACCCGCCGCCGCCGGCGCCGCCGCUGCCGGCCAAGCCGGGCGAGCACCGGCGCCGCGGCAAAGAGCUGCGCCGCAGCCUGCGCAUCGAGGGCGACGUGCUGCAGCAGAAGACGGUCACCAUCGCCAAGGUCGCCAAAGAGAGCCUGGGCUUGCGCAUCGGCGGCGGCAUCCACUGCAACGAGGGCGACACGCCCAUCUACAUUGCCAACAUCAACCACCAGGGCCCCGUCGGGAAGUCGAAGCAGAUCAAGAAGGGCGAUAUCCUGCUGUCGGUGAACGGACGCAGUCUGGUGGGGCUGACGCACGCGCAGGCGGUGGCCGCGCUCAAGUCGACGGCCGAGCUGCCGGGCGUCACGCUCAGCAUCCUGGAGGGGCCCGAGACAUCGCGCGGCCCGGCCAAGUUCAUCCCCAGCUGGAUCUACUGGCAGACGCUGCCCAGGUGCUUGUGCUACCCGCGCGGCAUCGAGCUGUCGCGCAGCGCCACCGGCUCGCUGGGCUUCAGCAUCGUGGGCGGCUGCGACGGCGGCACGCGCGAUCCCAUCCACGUGCUGUUCGUGGUGCAGAACUCGCCGGCCGCGCUUGACGGGAAGCUGCGCUGCGGUGACCGGCUGUUGGCCGUGGACGGCCACACGCUGGAGGGCGUGCGGCACGCCGAGGCCGUCAGCCUGCUCAAGCAGGCCCGCCACAAGGUCAAGCUGCAGAUCGUCUCGUGGAUGGGCACCGAGCUGUGAGCGCCGCCGCCGCCGCCGCGCCUGUGAUACUGGCCGGGGUUGGGGUCGGGCGGGCCGUCGCUGAUGGCAUUCACGGCAUCUGGGGACGGACGUCCCUGUUCGCCAGCUGGCUUGUCGUUCGUUGCGCUGGCACCAUGUUGUGUGCAUGGAAGACAAUAUCUUUCACAAACUAGAACGUUGUUGUGUCGAAUAGAGGGCAACGAUUAUGCCUGUCGAAUUUCAAGGACAGAUCUGCGUAUUUAUCAUGCGACGAAUGCCUCCGACGACGCGCUGUCGAACAUAUCCCCGGCGUGGAACCCUUGCAGGGAGUUGACUCGAUCGUUGCGCUGCCUUUUGCGAAUGCUUCCGCGUGGCGGAUCGACCGACGCCGGACGCGCCCCCGCUCGCCGGCAUCAAUCUUCCUGUCGUCGGCUUUUCUACGUGGUGCUGUCGCGGCGUGAUUGCGUGAAACGCGCGGUACUGUAUUGUCUCGUACGGUGUCCCGGUCGCGUUCCCGCUCGUGGGACAUAUCUGUCUUCGUUGGUCGAUGUUCAGCGUAUCCAUGGCGCGUGUGAUGUGCGGGUAUGAGAGUGCUCGUAGUUGUGAGGGCCUGCGAUGACAGAGCGCGCCCGCGUCUGUGAGACCUGCGGGGCGCCGGCGCCGCCGGGAUGUCCCGGCGGCCGAGCGGAGUCUCCCAGCGCUGUGUCGGGCGCCCGGUGAACCGUAGGUCCGUCGGAGGAAGGAAUAAACAAUGCUCAUUACGGGGCCGGUGGUGUGCGACACGGCACGGCG